AAAAAUCUAAGCGAAUUCGGUGAAAUGCGUGUAUUUUAAGAUAUAUUGCAUAUUAUUUGACCAUAAGUUAAAAGUUACACACAAAACCUUACCUUAUCUAGGCAUCUAGUUUAUCCAUUAAUACAUCUGAACAUCUUUACAAUGUCCACCGAAGAAGCAUCCACCAGCCGCUCCAAUAUAUCUGAGGCCGGCUCAAGUAUAAGCAUUUCUUCUGCUCCCGCUGAGGCAAAGAAAGUCGAAAUUCCGCCAGAGACAGAGGCAGUACUGGAAAGUGAUAGGGCUCUUAAGACCACUGGAAACCACAUGUUGCGUUUACAAGAGCUGCGCAAGGAGCUUAAUUACAUUAGUGAGACGGACUGGAUGUAUGACAGCUUGGAGAAGAAGCCGCAGCAGUAGAGGACAUAUCUAGGGCUCAUUGCCCUUAAUGUAAAUUGAAAUCAUAAGCUUGUUGUCUCUUAACCUCUGUACAUUGAUGAGCGCACUAUCAAGUGGACAAGGAUUAACGGCUUAAAGUCCUGUCCAGCAGGACGGAUUGCCGAAUCAUCCCCACCAAAUAUUGGUUCUUCAAGUUAUGUUAAAUUUAUAUUUUAAUUAGUAUUAAUGAACACUUUCUUAAAUAAUACCAAAUUGUAUAUACGAUCUCAUAUUUUCUGUCAUUAAAUUGUGUUAAUAAAAGGAA